UUGGUGGCAACCCGAAAACCAACGCGGGGCUAAGUGGAUACUCAUAAGCCCUAGGGCGCAUAAACUCCCCGCUUGUCGCGCCUUAAGGCCCAAUUCGUACCAGACUUCUGAUGUCCAAGAAACUUCUUCGUCUUAAACUAUGAGGAAGCACUGCAAUAUGCGUCAUUUACAUAUCCCCUGGGCCUCAGAAAAGGGAUCGAUUUCUGCAUUUGAGACGUUCUUUGAGCCGUCUCAUUCAACCAGUAUAAGCGCUUCUCUUCGGGCUAGUCUUCGAUCGAUACUACAAUGGCAACUCGGCUGAGCAGCACAGGUGUCUCUGACAAACGGAGACACCUAAAUGAUAUUUAUGAGAGAAGAGCCAAAGCUGGCAAGCUUGUCGCUGGCGUGGGUGCUAAAUCUAACAGCGACAUGUUCAAGGCCACUGGAGGCGGCAAACCGAAAGCUAAGAGUUGGGACUCUCAUUUCAGCCGGGAAAGCAAGUCACGAUUGCCUGGUAUGCUCAAACAAGCCGCUGGGUACCUCAAAACCCCGGGCCUCGUCUCUCUGGGGGGUGGUCUCCCAUCUAGCGAACACUUUCCGGUUUAUAAAUGCAGCCUUCGUGUGCCCACGCCGCCACAUUUCUCCGAAAAGAAUGCGAUUUCGCCCGAUAGUCCUACAACCCAGACUGUCAGCAUUGGAAAGUACGACGUUAAUGCUGGGCUCUCAGAGUAUGACCUCUCCAUCGCAUUGAAUUAUGGACAAUCAAUGGGCUCGGCCCAGAUGCUGCGCUUCCUCACAGAGCACACCGAGCUGGUCCAUAAUCCAGCCUACGCUGACUGGCAAGUCUGUCAGACAAUCGGGAGCACCGGUGCUCUUGAGCUCACCAUUCGCAUGUUUUGCGAUCGUGAACGGGGUGACUCCAUUCUCACCGAGGAAUACAGCUACGCCACUGCACUUGAAACCCUUGCUCCCCUGGGCAUUAAAGCCUUUGGCGUCAAAAUGGACGACGAAGGCCUUCUUCCAGAGAGCAUGGAUGACCUCCUUAGCUCUUGGGAUGAGCGGCCCCGUGGCGCCAGAAAGCCACACAUUCUGUAUACAGUUCCUUCGGGACAGAAUCCAACAGGCGCGACCCAAAGUCUCAAACGACGUCGUGACAUUUAUGCAAUCUGCCAGAAGCAUGAUAUCUUUAUGAUCGAAGAUGAACCAUAUUAUUUUAUUCAAAUGCCCCCCUAUCGGGGCAGAAAUGGCUCAGGAUACAAAUCCCCGGAGGAUAUUGAAUCUUUUCUCGCUGGACUUGUCCCCUCCUAUUUAACCAUUGAUGUCGACGGCCGAGUGUUGCGCAUGGAUUCUUUCUCCAAAGUACUCGCACCGGGAUCGAGAUUGGGAUGGAUCACAGCCAGCGCGCAGGUAGUCCAACAAUAUAUCUAUCACUCCGAGGUUGCCGAUCACGGUCCAAGCGGAAUCUCACAAAUCAUGCUGUGGAAACUGCUUGAUGAAACCUGGGGGCAUGAAGGAUACUUAAAAUGGCUGAUUGAUCUGAAAGAUAACUAUACCAGAAGAAGGAACACGCUGCUUGCUGCUUGCGAACAAUACUUACCCACGUCCAUUGUUAGUUGGACACCCCCCGCAUCGGGCAUGUUUCUCUGGCUCAAAGUCGAUCAUUCUAAACAUCCAGAUUACCCUCGCCGCUCUACUGAAGAGAUCGAGGAAGAAAUUUUCAACCAAGCUAUUGGUAAUGGAGUUCUUUGCGCUCGCGGUUCCUGGUUCCGCACCGAAUCUAGCACGCCUGCGAGCGGGUUGUUUUUCCGUACAACGUUCGCAAGCGCCAGCGAAGAAGUGAUGGAUAGCGCUGUCCAGCGAUUGGGCCAAACAAUUCGCCAAUCAUUUCAAAUCGACUAG